CCUCAGGCUCCGCCGCCUUAUAGGAGGUCGCGGGUGGCGCGGAGGGGACAGCGGCGCGCGGAGUGAGCGCAGCACGGUGCGGGUCCUGGGCUGUCCGGCCGGGUCCCUCCGCGCCGGGUGGACGUGGCCACUGCUACCGCCACCGCCCGCGCCAUGGGCCCGGGACCCCCGGUGGCCAGGGCAGGGAUGCCCCCGCGGACUCUGUCGCUGACGGCGCGAAUGAGCUACGCCGUGGGCCACUUCCUGAACGACCUGUGCGCGUCCAUGUGGUUCACCUACCUGCUACUCUACCUGCACUCGGUGCGCGCCUACAGCUCGCGCGGCGCCGGGCUGCUGCUGCUGCUGGGCCAGGUUGCAGACGGGCUGUGCACGCCGCUCGUGGGCUACGAGGCCGAUCGCGCCGCGGGGGGGCGCUGCGCGCGCUACGGACCCCGCAAGGCCUGGCACCUGGCGGGCACCAUCUGCGUCCUGCUGUCCUUUCCCUUCAUCUUCAGCCCAUGCCUGGGCUGCGGGGCAUCCACCCCCGAGUGGGCCGCGCUGCUCUACUAUGGGCCCUUCAUCGUGGUCUUCCAGUUCGGCUGGGCCGCCACCCAGAUUGCGCAUCUGAGCCUCAUCCCGGAGCUGGUCACCAGCGACCACGAGAAGGUGGAGCUCACGGCGCUCAGGUACGCCUUCACCGUGGUGGCUAACAUUGCUGUCUACGGGGCUGCCUGGCUGCUGCUGCACCUGCAGGCCUCCUCGCACCUGGGGCCCACCGAGGACAUCACCAUGGGUGACCAGCUGGGUGUCCAGGAUGUGCCUGUGUUCCGGAAUCUGUCCCUGGCAGUGGUAGGUGUGGGAGCCGUCUUCUCUUUGCUCUUUCACCUGGGGACCCGUGAGCGGCGCCGGCCAAGGUGGGUAGAGGAACCAGAUGAACACAGUCCCCUGGUGUCCCCAGCUGCUCAGCCCCUGCUGCUUUGGAAACAUUGGCUCCAGGAGCCAGCUUUCUACCAGGUGGGCAUUUUAUACAUGACCACAAGGCUCAUUGUGAACCUGUCCCAGACUUACAUGGCUAUGUACCUUACCUACUCCUUGCAUCUGCCCAAGAGGUUUAUUGCGACCAUCCCGCUGGUGAUGUACCUCAGUGGCUUCUUCUCCUCCUUCCUUAUGAAGCCUCUCAACAGGUGCAUCGGGAGGAAUCUCACCUACUUCGCGGGGCUCCUGGUGAUUCUGGCCUUCGCUGCCUGGGUGGCGUUGACCAACAGGCUCGGCGUGGCGGUAUAUGCAGCAGCUGUGCUGCUGGGCGCGGGCUGCGCCACCAUCCUGGUCACCUCACUGGCCAUGACAGCAGACCUCAUCGGUCCCCACUCGCAAAGCGGCGCCUUCGUGUAUGGUGCUAUGAGCUUCUCAGACAAGGUGGCCAACGGGCUGGCUGUCAUGGCCGUGCAGAGCCUUCACCCCUGCCCCUCAGAGCUGUGCUGCAAGGCCUGCAUGGGCUUCUACCACUGGGUCAUGGUGGCCGUGACGGGUGGCGUGGGUGUGGCUGCCACCCUGGCGCUCUGCAGUCUGCUCAUCUGGCCCAUCCGCCUUCGCCAUUGGAACCAGAACCGAGACCGGCCGUGACCUGAGAGCUCAGCAGCUGCACACAGAGGAGGGACCACGUGCCCUGGAGCCUGGUCCCUGGAGCCCAGUGCCCAGGUUGGGGGCUGUUCUGCUGGCCCCAGAUCUGGUGCUGCCCACUGGGCAGGGUGGGUGCCCGUCUGCGGCAGGGCAGGGAGUGAGGGUCUCGUAGGCUGCAAGCCCUUGGGCAGCCUUGUCUGAGAGCCUGCCAGGAGUCCCGGCUGUGGGGCUGGGCCUCAGUCACGUGGGCAGCGGGGCUGCCCGGGACUCCGAGGUCCCCACUGUGAGUAAAUAAAGAGGCGUCCACUAGGUGGGGACCACACUUG